UACAGUGGCAAUUGCGGAAAUCAACACUGUGUUUAACAAAUGGAAAAAAAAGAGAAUUGAGAUAAUCAAAUUCAUGCGAGGAAUUGUAUGUCUACUCAAAGAAAGGCAACAAAAUGUAAACAUCGCUAGAGCAUCUGGAACAUCUGCCGGUGUUGCCGGUGGAAUAAUGUCCAUUGUCGGCUUUGCUUUGAUUCCCGUUACCUUCGGAGCAUCUCUAGGUCUCAUAAUAGCCGGAACUACUAUGGGAGUAGCCGGAGCAUUGACCAACACUGGAGCAUCAAUAAUGUUGACAGUGAAGAACAAAACUACGGCACAAGACGUUCAAAGGGCGAUGGAUGAAGAUAAGAAACUGAGCAAAGAACUGUUUGAAGCGAUGCAACAUUUGCGAGAAUUUUCUGCUAUUGAUCUAGAUGCUGCAGAGAGUGUUCUACCGACAAUGGCUAGGAGCGCAACGCAGAUCGCCUUUAGCGUACUUGGCACAGUCGAUGAUAUCGCUGCCGGGUUGACCAAAGGAGUUGCCGUGUCCGCAUUACGGAUAACGGGGAUAGUUUUUACUAGCGCAUUUCUUGCAGUGGACAUCGCCACGUUGGUGAGCGUGGGAGUUGAUAUUGCCAAAGGGAAUCCAACAAAAGUCGGAAAAAAUUUCGAAAUUAUAGCGAAUGACCUUAAAAUCGGACUAAUUAGAAUGAUCAAACAAAAUGAUGAGCUGAACUCAAUAAAUACAACUAAUGAACAAGAUAAUGGCAACAAUAGCGACACAUCUUAAAAUCUUAUUUACGAGCACGGGUUUUAAACUGGUAUAUAAACAUUUAUUUAUGUUGGAAAUGCAGAAACGUCUAACGCCCCAUACAAUCCCAGGCCAUUUAAAAGAACAAGAAGGGAUAUGACAUCAGCCAUACUUUCGGCCAAUUUCAUUAGAAGGGAGAGAUGAAAGGGCACGUGGAGGUAGUAGAGUGAUAUGAGAGGUGAGAGGAAGGCAGGUAUUUUUAUUUAUUUAAAUUCGGUAAGGCCCACUGAGCUAUUAAGUUAUUUUUCAGAAGCGACUUGGCCACAAGUAAUAGCUCGCCAAAAUGUAUAGCAGCCAAAUAACCUAAACGCAUGUUUCUAAACGUGGAGGGAAAAACCAGAGGACCCGGAGAAAAAUACACGCGCCCACGAGGAAAACAUGCAAAUUCCAAAUAUACAGGUGUCAGGGUCUCGAUCGAACCCACGAUUACCUAUGUACCGGGUGAGGUUAACAUCUCGCCAACGUGGCACCCAGGUACUAGGAAACAAGAUACCGAGUGUAAUCUUUGCAUUCAUCCAGGAUUACAUUGGCAGCCAGUGGAGUGAUUAGAUAUUGAGGUGAUGUGUCAAUUAGAAUCCACCUUAAUCAUUAUUAUUCAUUAAUAGUACAUGUUUUUGGGUUAGAUCGCGUAAGUAUAAGUCUAACGAAAUAUUUAAAUCAUGUAAAAAAAACGCUACAAUUAAAUGGCUACAAUAAUGUUCAUAUUAACAGAGCAGUUAAUGUCAAACCAAGAUCGAACAGCAAUACUGCUGAAAGCAAUACAUUUAUUACAAUAAAAUACCAUAUACUGUGGGAGAAACUGACAAACUAGUUAGAGUUGUGGAAAAACAAAAAAUAAGAGAAAGAUUUGGCACAGUACACAAAAUUCAAAAACUAGCAUAUUGUACUAAAGAUGAAUUGCCUAAGUUAGCAACAGAAGGUGCUUAUGUGGCAGAUGUGAUAUUGGACAGACGGGACAUAACAUUCACAUAAGACUUAAAGAAUAUCAAAGAAAUAAUACAUUUCCUCAAACACAACUUUCGGCAGUUGCAGAACAUUCUUGCCAAUAAGGACACUCAGUUGAUUUGGAUAAGGUUGAAGUGUUUUGUAAAACGAAUUAUUACUGGCCGAGACUAAUUUGAGAAACUAUUGAAAUUGAGAGAAAUACAAAUCAUUUUAACCGUUCUCACAGUUACAAUCUUAGUGCAGUCUAGAAGCGUAUUAUUAAGUAAUAAAUUUUACAACUGUAUUCCUUAUAGAGAAAACACAUGCUAAUUAACUGAUCAAUAAUCUAUUAUAUAAUUAUAAUAAACCCCCUCCUCCGCCUCUGAUAUCUGCACUUGUUGGGUUCAGUGAUGACGUCACCUUGCUAUAUUUAAGACCGGAAGCAGGUGGAUUGCUUCACUAUUCUGGCAAAUCGCCCGAUGAUGCUGGAUGUAAUUGCCAGCGAAACGGCGUACUCAAAUUGUAAAUGUGGAUUUACUCUCUAACAUACCGGUGGGCUGAAGUAGUAACUAAGUGGUGCGCUGUUUACAUAACAAACCUUUCUGGCUGUGUUGGGUGGUGGAGGGUUAUGACACAUUUAUACUUACACAUUUUAACCCAAAAACCUUUAUGAAUGUUGGUCACGAACACCAACGUGUUAAACAUUAUUCAUAGUUUAAUGUAGGGUAUGAUUCGUAAAGGGCGCUUCCUGUUAAGAUGUUACACCGUGUAUCAUAGGACGGUUCAACGCAAAUUCUUGUGAUCUAUAUUGGAAGUGGUUCCCAAAAUGUAGCUUGCCAUGUAUCCUUUUUCCAGACCUAUAUUAUCUCUAUAUUCCCCUCAACCAGCAUAUAUAGUGAAAUAUGGAACAUUUUCUUUUAUUUUUAAUGCAGGCAGACCUCGCUUAGUGCUUGAGAUACGUUAAUAAAUAAUUAAGCACUCAUCGAAUGUGUGCUAAAAGGGGUCAUUACACCCAAUGCAUAUAUGGGGAUGCGUUCUUGACAGCGUUAUUUUUUGUUCAGCCUAUAUGAGGGCUUCAUUUGGUUAUGUGUAAUAGUGCUAAUAAUAGAAAUGGUAAACAUUGAUAAAUAAAUAUCAAUAACAUCAGUCAAUAUCAUGCAAUGUACUCACGGGUUCAUUCGGCUGUACUCCUCCAACAAGGCAGCAGUGGGGCAGCUGCUGCACUCCCAAUCUGGGUCACUCUCAGAGAAGAGCUCCGGGACCUCCGUGGUCUUAGUGAUACCCUCUGUCUACACUUCUGU